AUGGAUGCCACAAACGUUUCAACAACGGCUGAGCCUGCCGCUCAGGAUGCUUCGAUCCUGGCAACCAUGUCCAAGACUCAGCUGUUCUUCUCCUUGAUAUUGGCAUUGGUGAUUGUUCCACGGCUUUUUAAGAUUAUCUCAAGACUGAUUUCUCCCAUCUCGCGCAUCCCUGGCCCAUUCAUCAACAAGAUCUCGUCCAUACCGUUGAUGAAGGCAAGCGCCGCGGGCAAAACCCACGAGCUCAGCGCUCGGCUGCAUGCAAAGUACGGCCCCAUCGUCGUUCUCUCUCCGCGCAUGAUCUCCGUCUCGGACAAGAAUGAAGUCAAGCGCAUCAUCCACACCGAGGACUGGCCCAAGUCCGAACUCAUCUACGGCAACUUCCGCCAGAAUCCCGCGCGGCCGACCCUCAUCGCCUUCACGGACAAGAAGGCGUACGCGGAGCGCAAGCGGCUCAUCUCGGGGUGGUUCGGCAUGCGCUACAUCCGCAGCCUGCAGCCGCUCAUGCAGCAGUGCAUCGACGAGACCAUCAAGGUCGUCGAGGCGGCGUGCGACGACCCGGGAUCAGCCGGCGAGGUGGACAUGCAGAACCUGUGCACGGCGACGGCCGUCGACAUCAUCGGCACGACCAUCUUCGGGCAGAGCUUCGACGUGGUCAAGAACGGCUCGCACCCGCUGCCGACCUUCCUGCGCAAGAUGCUCAAGGCCAGCGGCCUGCUGCUGUUCAUGCCGUGGAUCCGCAGCAUCCCCUUCCGCCCCACGCGGCCCGCCUACAUCGACCGCUUCACCCUCGACAUCAUGGAGAGCCGCCGCCGCACCGCCAAGACGGCGCCGCGGCAGGACCUGCUGCAGAAGCUCGUCGAAAGGCUGGACGACGAAGACGGGAAGCUCACGCCGUUCGACGUCCAGGGCGAAGUCACCAUCAUGCUGGUUGCUGGUACUGAGACGACGGCUAACUCGGAGCUGUUUACGCUGUUGAUGCUAGCCCGGCACCCGGACAAGCUGCGCCGUGUCUACGAGGAGGUUGACGCGUGGUACACGCCGGGGGACUUCUCCCGCGCCGUCGACUGCGAGUACUCGCUGCACGGCAUGACGUACCUGCAGGCCUGCGAGGACGAGGCCAUGCGCAUCGUGCCCGCCCAGGCCACCGGAAGCCCGCGCGAGAGCAGGCGUGACGAAUCCGUCUUGGGUUAUCGCGUGCCCGCUGGCACGACUGUAUUCCCUACGACGCAGGGCGUGCAUCAUGAUGAGAGCGUGUGGCCUGAUGCGAAGGAGUACAUACCUGAGCGCUGGCUGGAGAUUUAUGAGAAGGGCAAGGUGAAUGAGCAGUACUUCUGGCCGUUCUCGGCGGGGAGCAGGGUGUGUAUCGGGAAGCACUUUGCUCUGCAGGAAAUGCAUCUCAUGCUGGUGAGUCUGCUGAGGAGGUUUGAGUUUGAGUAUGUGCCGGGCCAGCAGGAGAGCACCGUGUUCAGGGUGGCUCAACAUAUGGAGGCGCCGAAGUAUGUGUUGAAAGUCAGGAGAAGGAAGUUCUAA